AUGAGUUUCGGAGCCCCAGGAGGUGGUUCGGUGAACUACAAGCCAUCACCCGUGGUAGCUUCCCUCUUGAUCAUGAAGGUGUGUUCAUUUGCAGCCACUUGGCGCAGAUCCAAGAAGGUUGGCAAGACAAACAGAAACAGUGGACUAAGUGCAAAUUUAAAUUAUGCAGGGGAAUGCAAGCAUAUAAUCUCGGGAUACUUGAAGUGUAUCAAGCUCAACAAAGGCACAAACGAUGAAGCCUGUCGGAAAUUGGCCAAGGACUACCUCGCUUGCCGAAUGGACAAGAACCUCAUGGCGCCGGAUAAUUUCCAGAACUUAGGUCUGAUAUUCAAAGACGAUGAAGGGAAAGACCAGACAUCAGCUGCGUCAGCUGCACCAGCCGCUAAUGCGAAUCAAACGGGGAAUAAAAGCUGA